CGAAAUGCCAGGCCCGUUCACAUGUGGUCCUGUUUGCCGAGUAUCUCUUUCCAGGACUAGAAGUAAAACAGAAUGCAGGAGAGGAUGCUUCCCUAUCACUUGUGACUGCAUCAGGGAAGCUUCAACUCUUACACAAGUUGCUUCCAAAAUUGAAAGAAAGGCAGAACCGUGUACUGAUUUUCUCCCAGAUGACACGCAUGCUUGAUAUUCUUGAGGACUUUCUUUCUUUCCUGGGAUACAAAUAUGCACGAAUUGAUGGACAGACGCCACUCUCCGUGAGGCAGGAGAGCAUAAAAGAAUACAACAACACUGAAAGCGAAACAUUUAUAUUCUUGAUGUCAACUCGUGCUGGUGGUCUAGGUAUUGACCUGCCUGGUGCUGACAGAGUAAUUAUAUAUGAUCCUGACUUCAACCCAUUUAUGGACUUGCAAGCACAGUCCAGGGCUCACCGGAUUGGCCAGACCAGGCCAGUGGUUGUUUACCAACUUAUUACAAAAUGUUCCGUUGAAGAGAAGAUACUGCAGAAGUCUAAGCAGAAGUUGGCCAUUGAAAAUAUGUUAAUGAACACUUCCAAAAAGCCAACUGCAGAUGAGCUGCAGUCCAUACUACUCCAUGGAGCCAAGGCAAUUGUGGACAAGAAGAAGAUCAGUGCUACGUCAAUCCAUUAUGACGACGAGGCCAUCGAGAAUCUGCUGAAGUUAGACCCUUCUAGUGAUGAGAUGUGCAAAUCGGACGACAACGGUUAUCUCGGGAGCAUCGUGAGCUUUGCUCAUGGUGGUGAGGACGAAGAACCUCUCUCCCCCAAGGCCGAGGACCUGAAAGUUCUCAAGCCUGCUACUCCGAAGGUGGAUCUUGGCCGUGGGAAGAGGCAAAAGAAGACGGUGAAGUAUUUUGAGGAGAUUGAGAAUCAAGACAGCGAUGAUGUGUAUGCUCCACAGGAUUCCUCGGAGUCCAGUAGCUCUUCCUCUUCCUCUGAUGAUGAACCGGAGAGAAUAAUUCCUGGAGCAGACGUAAACCUUGACGUAGCAAGUGUGAAGCCCGAAGAUGCGAACAAGCCUGAGAUAUCUAGGUUGAAGCUUGAAGUAGCUCUCAUACCUGACGACGAAACAGAGACUGCGCAGCCCGGAAUGGCGAGGGUGAAGCCUGAAGUACCCGACAGUUGAUGCUGAAGCCGUUUAGUCGUUCUAGGCAGUAGAAGUGGGACCUUUUGUACUCCGUAGUAGUUUUUGUCCUUUUGUAUUGUAUACUCUAUAUCUGCUCAAGUAGAAUCAUGUGGCUUAACCUUUCGGCAAAUGCUGAUGUCUGCUGAAAACUGAUAAUAUCUUACUGCCAGUUCAGGGAAUGAUGAUAACUACUUCUAAGUACUGUA